AAAACAUUUUGAUAAAUAAUGCAUUUAUAUUCUAUGAUAAUUUAUUAAAAUUUAAUUAAAAUAUGUCUCGUUUGUUAGUAAAUCAAUUGGCAAUAAUAACAGGUGCUGGUUCAGGUAUCGGUAAAGCAACCUGCAACAUUUUUGCACGGGAAGGCGCUUGUGUAAUUGCAGCAGAUAGAAAUUUGAAGAAUGCUUCAAUUACUCGAGAUGAAAUCUCCAAAAUCAAUGAGAAUAAUCACACAGCUUUUGAAAUCGAUGUUGCUAACAAGAACAGUUUGGAUAAAGUUUUGAGUGACGUUAUAAGCAAAUAUAAUAAACCACCGAGUGUUGUGGUGAAUUGUGCAGGGAUUACCAAGGAUAAUUUUUUGUUGAAGAUGUCUGAAGAGGAUUUUGAUGACGUUGUCAAAAUUAAUUUGAAGGGGACAUUUUUAAUGAUGCAGACAUUUGGAAAUGCGAUGGUGACUGCUGAACAACCAGGAACGAUUGUUAAUAUUGCAAGCAUUGUUGGAAAAACUGGAAAUAUUGGUCAAGCGAAUUACACAGCCAGCAAAUCAGGAGUGGAAGCAAUGACCAGGACAGCUUCGAAGGAAUUUGGUAAAUUUGGCAUUCGAGUCAAUGCUGUUUUGCCAGGAUUCAUUGUGUCACCGAUGACUGAUACAGUUCCUGAUAAAGUUAGACAGAUGAUUGUUGCGCAGAGUGCUUUGAGACGCUUUGGACAACCCGAAGAAAUUGGAGAAGUGAUUGCAUUCCUGGCAUCGAGUAGAAGUUCUUAUGUCAAUGGAGCCUCCAUAGAAGUUACUGGUGGAUGAUCGAUAGAUUGCAUGGAAUCGAAUGUUUUUUAAGCCAUUCAAAUCGGUUGAUCCGUGCGCCCGAAAACGUGGA